AAGGCACCUUGCCGGCUAUUAGCACAGAGAGACGAAUGAACUCUCAGAGUUUAAAGUCUCUUUAAUUCAAUACCGUUACCGUUAUUAGCACAGUACCACACUGACGCGUGAACCAGAAUGAGGUACACAGUAUUACUUCUCGUCGUUAUCGUUGCGAUUAGUUUCGUAUCAGCCAAUCGAGAUGCGGAGCCGAUAGUUGAAACCGAUCUUGGAAAAAUCAAAGGAACAACCCUAGAAUCUCGUCUCAGACAAACAUUUUUUGCGUUCCGUGGUAUUCGUUAUGCGAAUCCACCCACCGGAAAGCUUCGUUUUCAAGCACCAGAACCGGUGUCGCCUUGGGAAGGAGUAUUCGAUGCCACCGAUGAUGGCCCAAUGUGUAUUCAACCGGCGUUCAACAGGAGUGAAGCUUCAGAGGACUGCCUAAGGCUCAACGUUUACACCAAGCUGAUUCCGAACGAACUAAGUCGGAUACGUCCCAAAGAUGUUAUUUUUUAUAUGCAUCCGGGAGGAUUUUACGUAUUUUCUGGCCAAAGUAGAAAUAACGCUGGGCCGCAAUACCUCAUGGAUCAGGACAUUGUGCUGGUUACGAUCAACUAUCGUUUAGGUUCGUUGGGAUUCAUGAGCACCGGCACGCCGGAUUGUCCGGGAAAUAUGGGAUUCAAAGAUCAGGUUAUGGCUUUGAAGUGGGUUCGAGAUCAUAUUCAUCAUUUUGGAGGUAAUGCCGAGUCCGUCACUCUGAUGGGUUAUAGUGCGGGAGCACUUAGCUCCGGCCUGCAUAUGAUAUCCCCGAUGUCUAGAGGGUUGUUUCAUCGUGUCAUCGCAAUGAGUGCUUCGCCCACUAGUCAAGUUGAAAUUUCCUCCCACCAAAUUGAGUUGGCUCAAAAGCAAGCAACGCUACUCGGAUGCGAGAUAAGUUCGACUGCGCGAAUGAUCGAAUGUCUCAAAAGUAAACCAGCUUCGGAUUUCGCAGACAGUCUCGAAGCGAUGUUCGUCGUUUCCUGGAACCCAGUUCUCCUAUGGGAAGCAGUGAUAGAGCCGGACUUUGGCCAAGAACGGUUCCUAGAUAGGGAUCCGACCGAAGCAUUUUUGAAGGGCGAUUUCAUGAGAGUUCCCGUGAUAUCCGGUAUCACCAAGGAUGAAUUUGCUGGGCCUGCUGUAGGAUUUUUGACUAACGAAACGCUUAGAAACGAGCUUAAUCAAAAUUUUGAAACACUUGCGCCCGUAUUGUUCUUAUACAACAGUUCAUCUGAACGCGAAAACAUAACGAAAUUAUUAAGAGACAAGUUUUUGGGAGAAGGACAACUUACGUUGAACCGGUCAGUGCAGGGUUUGAACUACCUUUUUGCUGACAGUCUGAUCGGUUUCCCGGUUCAUCGGUUCAUUCAGCUGGCCUCCCGCUACACAAAGGUUUAUCAGUACAAGUUCACCUAUCAGGGUCGAUACAGUUUCUUCUAUUAUCCGGAUGACAAAACGCCUUACGGAGUGGUACAUCACGAUGAUUUACUGUAUCUAUUGGUCAUCCCGCAUAUAUCACCUAUUUUCAAUGCAACUGAUCCGGAGAGUACGAUGGUGGAAAAACUAACUGGAAUGUGGACUGCGUUUGCUAAGCAUGGUGAUCCAAAUGAGGCCGACAUAGUCCCGAAGCCAAAUUGGGUACCUGUCAAACCAAACGAGGACAACUUUUUGGAAAUAGGCGAGCAGUUCACCAUGAGAGAAGGACUCUUCACAGAGCGUUUUUCGUUCUGGGAUAUGCUGUUUCCGUUACCUGAGAAUCAAUCGCCGGCAACCGCAUAAAUCAUAACGUUACACAUUUCAGUGUCAUUAAUGUUAUGUGAUAUAAACAAAAAAUUGAGAUAGA